UCGUUUUCUCUCUCUUAUUUUUUUGGUCACUCCGACCCUUUCUCUCUCUAAAAUUUCACAUUCUGUGGCGAUUCAAAACCCUAGAGUAGAACUCGUAUAGACGAAGGAUCGCUAGGGGCCAUUGCCGUCCGCCUCGACAUUUAGCGGAGGAUUUGGUUUUAGGCUUUGGACCACUGAGCUAAGAGCUCGCCCAGCUGAUUGGUGCUUGAUUGAGGCGUCAAUCUCUGAUUCUGCUUUGUAAAUUGCGACUCCUCUUAUUAAAAAUUUGUUGAUCUUCUUAACAAUUCUGGGGAAGAUCGUGGCUUUAGUUGGAAAAUGUUCGGUGCUGGAAUAGAUGCACUCGCGGGUUUUUUAUUGUGUGCAUUUUGGAGUGGUCAUUUUUCAAGAGUUGUGUGGAUGGUGGCAUAGGAGGUCUAGGCUGAUAAAUUCGACGGUGAAUUGCCUUCAUCAAGAGAUUGGGAUUUCAGAUGUGAUUAUGCUUGAAAAUGCUGGAUAGGCUGCUUUUGAUGUUAUCUGUAUUCUAUUUUAUUGGUUUGAAGUUGACAAUCACAUAUCAAGUUCUUUGGAUUUAAUAUCAUCUAUGCCUGGCAACGAAGUUGGAGAUAGGGUCCACAAUUUCUUUGCUCAGGACACCUUGUCACAGGGGCAGCAUCAGUCACAGGUGUUGGACCAGAACCAUCCAGCUCUGAAUAAUAAUCUGUGGGUUGGAAGCCAGGGACCAAUUGGUGUUCCAAGUUACAGCACAAAAAGUUAUAAUUUACAGCAAUCAGUAGUAGAUACUGGGAGAGGGUCAAAUAGUCAUUUUUUGAAUGGUCCACAUGGCUUGAACUUUGCUCGAUCCACUCUAAGGUCUGAGAUUCAGCUGCAGAGUCAGCAGCAAAGUUUGAAUGGAUAUAUGUAUGGCAAUCUUUAUGAUACACGGCAAGAUGAAGGAAGCUUUCUGGCAGCUGAUAUAGGUUCUGAUCAGCGUAAUGUAGCUUCAGUAGACUCAUCUUUCUGUGAACAGUCACCACAAGGUGUGGGUCCUCAGCAUCAAGCACGCCCAAUCAGUUCUGGAGCUUCUGAAUCUUCUGGUAAUUUUGGUCUUUUUGGCGGUCAACAACAAAUGAGUCGUCAGCAAUCAAACAUGCUGCAAUCUCUGCAGCUCCAGCAGUCUGGGCUUAAGGACAUGCAGCAGCUACAACAGCAAGUAAUGUUCAUGAAGAUGCAAGAACUUCAAAGGCAACAGCAACUUCAGCAACAAGAUGCAAGGCACCAAAAUUCACUUAGCCAGAUUUUACCCUUUCCUAAAGUUGCAUCUGGAAGCCAUUCCUCUCCUUUGGUUCACAACACUAUACAUUCAGGGGCACUGAGCUUUCCUUGGGCAACUGACACCAGUAACACAAACUGGUUGCAGGGCAGUUCUUCAGCAUUGCAAGUAUCCUCUAAUGGUUUUGUUUCUAGUAAUCAUGGUCAAGGACAUCACAUGAUGGGAUUAGUUCCUCAACAGAUUGACCAAUCUCUUUUUGGAGUUCCUGUUUCAACUUCAAGAGCUGGUGUAAGUCAAUAUUCCCAAGCAGUUGCUGAUAAGCCAUUGAUACAGCAACCAGUUUCCUUUAAUAAUUCAUUUCCAUUUCGACAAUAUGCUCCACCACCGGAUCAAAUUGGUGUUCAGGAUGGAGCUGUCACUUCUAGACAGAGAUUCGUAGGUGAAAGUUUCUUUGGACAUGCUCCUAACCAAAGUCUAAACAAUGCAAUCAACAUGGAGAACCUUCAGGAAGUGAAUGCCAUUCAACAUGGUGCAGCUGCACAGGAAUUCCAAGCGAGACAGGAGCCUGCUAUUCCUUCAGUCAACACACAAGAGAAAACAUCAAAGGAAACUGCCUCCUCAAACAAUGAAGUUGGUCUUGAUCCUACAGAAGAAAGAAUUUUGUUUGGUUCAGAUGAUAAUAUAUGGGCUGCCUUUGGAAAGAGCCCCAAUAUGAGGGAGGAAGCUUGCAAUUCACUUGAUGGCACUGGAUUAGACAAUGGGUUUUCUUCUAUUCAAGGUGGUACUUGGAGUGCUCUAAUGCAGUCUGCUGUUGCAGAAGGCUCUAGUGCUGAUGUAGGACCACAGGAAGAGUGGAGUGGUUUGAAUUUUCACAGUACGGUUGUUCCUCCAGGGAAUCAAAACAUUUCACAAUAUAGUAGUGGGAGGCAACCAAAUUCUUUGAUUGAUGUCCGCUUGCCUAUUGCGCCAUCAUUGAAUUCCGAGACUGGUCAGGCAUCUGGCAGUAAUAAUGUGAAGAAUAGUUAUGUCAAUCUUCCAGGAUCCCAGCAACUUGGGCAUAAAUUUCCCAAUGAAACUGGUCAUAGCAUGCAAUCAAAUUCUGUGCAGAGACUUGUGCAACCAUCUGAGGAAGGCAACAAGUGGCCAGAUGUUGGACCAUUACAAAUGUCAGGUGCUGAAGGAAGCCGAAUGCUGACAAAUGCUUCACUUCCUCUUGAUACAGAAAUAGAUGCCAAGAGGGUUCCUAUUUCAUGGAUGGAUGAGGUUGGUGUUCCUAGUAAAACAUGUGAUAGAUUAAGUGAUUGGAAUGCUCUUGGGUCUGCAAUGCCUACUGAAGAUGCUUCUGUAAAUACUCAUUCGAGUCGGAACUACUCGAAAUAUUUAGGCAGCAGUCAAAAUAAAGGCACACAUGGGGAAGCUGUUCAUACUGGUGCUUUAUGGAAAACUGAUCCUGGACCUAGCCCGGCUGUUGAUUUGGAACUUACAAGAUCUCCUGCUGGUGCCCUGGUGAAUUCAGAGCCUCUUGGCAUAAAAAGUGCUGACACAAUAGCAAAGUCCAGUUCUAUGAGCGGUGCUGAGGAAACCAGUAGAUUUCUUUCUAGUAGGAAUCAAGUUAAGCAUUGGAAGAAUGCCAAUACCUUGUUUAAAGGUAAAGAAAGUCAAGGUUUGGAGAGAUCACAGUCACACAUUAUCAAGGAUAACCAUAUUUUGAACUCACUAGAAACCACAUCUCAAAUAGAUGCUAAAAGUAAUGAGAUAGAUACCUGUGACAAACAGGAGAACUCUAAUGACAGCUACCGGUCCAAUGCAUCACACCAAAAUUCUGCCGGAAGUUUGAGGGAAAAUGUUAUGUUAGAUCCAACUGAUUCAAGGGCUGUUGCUACUGGAAAGGAAAAGUCUAAUCAAGUUGGUAAGAAAAAUUCUGCUCGCAAAUUUCAGUAUCAUCCUAUGGGAAAUUUGGAUGAAGAUGUAGAUCCCCCAUAUGGAUUGCAAAAUCCUAUCCAUACACAGGCAAUGGCCCCACAGAAUGCCCACUUUGGCCACUCAAAGUUUUUGAUUCAGGGGCAAUCAUCUGAUGUUCUAAGAGAUGGCAAAGGCCUGGCUGAUCUGCACUCUCAGAGUUGCUUUCCUAGCUCUGUGUCUAAUAUGUCUGCACCCUUGACCAGAUCUUUUGAUAUUCCCCCUCCAAUCACAGCUUCUCCUUCUAGUCCAAACAUGCUACAGCUUCUUCCGAAGGUGGAUCAAUCAAGAGUUUUUGGUGCCACAAUGCGUCAGAAUGCAUCACAAAUUGAGAUGCCCAAGGCAGAAAACUCAGAUGGAUCUGUUGGGCGCCUAUAUCCAAAUCAGUCAUCUGCUGCUCAAGUAUUUGGUCUACAACUAGGUCCUCCAUCCCAGCUCACGCCAGUUCAAAACCAUAUACUUUCAUCUCAGAGCUCUAUGCAAACUGCUUGUUCAUCUAUGAGUCAUUCUGCUGUUGAGUUUGGUGAAAAGGCACAUGUAGCCUCUAUGCCUCAAGUUAAAUCAUUCCCUCCUUACAGUGAAACAACCCAAGGAGAGUUUGUUAAUCGAUCUGGAGUUCCAACAAAUGACAACAAUGAGAACAUUCGUUACGAGAUGCAUGGAAAAUUUUCUCCAGCAUUUAAUUCUGGCUUCCCCUAUUCAAGAAGCCGGAUUCAAAAUCAACAGAUGGCUACUGGGCAAGAGUUGAAAAGUCAGUCUACCAGUAAUUCUUUCAAGGAUCCUCCCUGUUUCACUGAGGAAGAUGACGCCAGUAAUUCUUCCAAAAAUCCUCCCUGCUUCACUGAGGAAGAUGAUUCACUUAGGGAACAAUCUGGUGGUGGUCUAUCUGCAAAGAAUUUCUCACAUGUGGUAGCUGGCAAUCCCAACUCUUUGGGCACAGCUAAGCAGACUAGCAUCAUCAAUUCCCAUGAAACCCCUCAAAAAUCAGUUGGUAACUCCUUACCAGUUUCUCAGCAUCCCUCCAUUUCUGGUAUGUCUCAACAGGCGUCCUUGUCAAAGACAAUGAAUAAUACAUGGGGCACUUCUCAGGCAAAUCCAUUUGGUGUUCUGCCUAGUGGAGAGCCUUCAUCUAUAUCAUGCUUGCACCAAUUGAAUAUUGUGGGAACAUCCUCUGCUCCUGAGAACCGAGGAGAUCAAGAUGCAACCGGAGGAGGGAAUUUCUCAUCUGAGGUUUGUGCAAAUUCUGUAAAUUCAUCAGGUAAGGCACCCAGUGAAGAGCAACAUUUGAAGGAAAGCACUUCUCAGCAAUUACCAUUGAGAAAUAUUGAUUCUGUCCAGAAGGUGAAUAAAGCUCAGGAAGAACAUAUCAUCAAGAAUCUCUCAGAUGUAUAUCCUGUUAGUUCUUCAUCAAUGCAAAGAGAUAUUGAAGCCUUUGGGCGAACUUUGAAACCUAAUAACUUUUCUCAUCAAAACUAUUCUUUACUUAAUCAAGUACGGGCAAUGAAGAAUGAGGAAAUUGAGCAGAGCAAUAAUAAUGCUCUAAAAAGAUCUCGAAUCCCAGAUUAUGGCCCUGGUGGUCAGCAAGUGUCUCAUGACGCUGUUCCCUCAGUUGAUUCUAGAAUGCCAAAUUUCUCUGGAGCAGAUCAUUUGGAAAGAAAUAUAGAAGGGAAUGUACCUACACUGGAUAUGCAUGCAAUUCAUAGGGAUGAUUCUCAGGCCAAUGGUCUUUCCAACAGUGCAAGUUCUGUUAAAUUUGAGCACACCCAGAUUAGUCCACAGAUGGCACCAACUUGGUUUAGUCAGUAUGGAAAUGGAACCUUUAAAAAUGGGCAGGUGUUAACCAUGCAUGAUGCGCAAAGAGCUGCUUCCAUGAAGAUGGGUGAACCACCUCUCACUCUUGGGAAGCCCUCCAGUAGUUUGCACAUAUUUAAUUCAAAGCAGCAACUAAUACCUGCUAAUAAUGAUAUAAGUCAACAAGCUAAGCCGAGCAUGCACCCCACCCCUACUGCAGCCGAGCACUUUCCUUCUUCUCAAUCAUUGUCAGUGAGUAUAAGUGAUCAGCAUUUACUACUAAGACCCAAGAAGCGCAGGCGUGUUACAGCUGACCUGAGUCCUUGGUGCAAAGAAGUUUCAGAGAGUUUGCAGAGUCUUCAGACUGUCAGCAUGGGUGAAAGAGACUGGGCAAAAGCUGCGAAUCGAGUUACUGAAAAGGUUGAAGAGGAUGUUGACUUUAAUGAGAAUUGCCCUUCAAGAGUUAGAGCAAGAAGAAGACUUAUCUUGACCACUCAGCUUAUGCAGCAAUUAUUUCGUCCUCCACCAAUAACAAUUCUUUCUGCAAAUUCCAGUGUGGAAUAUGAGGCUGUUGCUUAUUCAGCUUCUCGAUUGGCAUUGGGUGAUGCAUGUGGUGUGGUUUCUAGUCCUCAAAGUGAUUACAGUAUGGCAGCUGAAGGGAGAGAACUAUUGUCUCGCAAGUGCGCAACAUCAGAGGACAGUGAUCAUCAACAUUUCUCAAAAGUUGUGGAAGAGUUCACUGAGAGAGCAAGGAAGCUAGAAGAGAAGUUUCUGGAAUUGGACAAGAGAGUUUCACUGGCGGAUUUGAUAGUAGAAAACCAAGAUUUGGAGAAGUUCGCUGUCAUUAACCGUUUUGCAAAGUUCUAUGGUCGGGGCCAAGCUGAUGGUGCAGAUACCUCAACUUCGUCAGAUGCAGCUGCACACCCUUAUAAAGCUUUUGCUCAGAGAUAUGUGACUGCAUUCCCAAUGCCAAGGAAUGUCCCGAGCGGGGUACAAUGUUUCUCCCUGUGAUUCAAAAUUAGUUGUUCUUCCCCCGUUUUCCAGUCCACAUUCUCCACGUGCUCGGCUGCCGUGAAAUUUUUCAUGUUGGUUAUAUACUGGCACCUGCAAUAACAAAAAUAGAACCACAGGGUGGAAAAGCAGAAGGUGAAUGGAUGUGAUCUCUCUUCCAUUUGGCGAAAUGAUAAAAAUUAUGGUCUAUGUAUAUGUUGUUUAAUUUGCAAAGAAAUGGUGGUGCCCCGUAAAUUUUUUGGUGAAUGGGGAAAGAUUACUAGUCCGGCCUGUUACUCAGAGGAAUCGACACAUAGUUAACCAGAUUUCAUGAUUUCUACUAGUAUGUACAUACUUACAAAAGACCCUUUUGUCAAAUUUAAGAGAGGCUCCUUUCUAUUUAUUCUGCCAUGGUAAAUUGUUUAUGUUAUAUGAUAUGAGUCGAAAGGUUUGAUUUUGUGGCAGUAUAAAAAUUUCCAGCUAUCCAAAUUGUUAGGAUCUCUUUCACUCGACCUAGCAUUCUUUAUUCAAUGGAACCAAUUUUGCAA